AUGGGCAACUUGUUCACUCAUCCGACGCAUACCAAGCCGGGGGAGAUCACAGACGUGGACAGGGCGGUGCUGUCCCUGAAGGCGCAGCGGCGGAAAUUGGAGGACCAAUCAAAACUGAUCGAGAAGCGGAUAGAGCACAAUGUGAGCGUGGCGCGGGAGCUGAUUACGCUCAACAAAAAGGACCGCGCCCUGCUGGCCCUCAAAAAGAAGAAGUUGAACGAGCACCAGCUGCAGACCAUCCAAACGUGGCUGCUCAACGUCGAGGACAUGCUGUCCAACAUGGAGCUGACCAAGCAGCAGCAGCGGAUCUUUUCGGCCCUCAAAGAUGGCAACGCGGCCCUCAAGGCAGCCCAGGCCGAGUGGAGCGUUGACGAUGUCGAGCAGCUGAUGGACGAGACGGCGGAGGCCAAGGAGUACCAGGACAAGGUGGCGGACGUGCUAAGCGGCCAGCUCAGCGAUUUGGACGCAGAGGCGGCCGCGGUCGAGCUCGCCGCCCUCGAGGACUCUAUCCUCGGGACGGCCGAAGAGCGCGCCGCGGCCGAGGCUGCCGAGCUGCCCGAGGUUCCGACACACGAGGUCGAGGAGCCCCUGCCGGCGGCGCCGACAGCCACGCACGCGGUGGAGGCAGGGGCCGCAGCGGCGCGGGAGGAGGAGGCGGAGGGGGAGCGGCGCCUGGAGGCGCCGCUGGCGGCGGCUUGA